UGCCAGCUUCAUGGCCACUAACGACCUGAUGCUGGAGCUCCAGAAGGACAGCAUCAAGCUGGAUGAGGACAGCGAGAGGAAGGUGGUGAUGAUGCUGCUCAAACUGCUGGAGGACAAGAACGGGGAGGUCCAGAACCUGGCGGUGAAAUGCCUGGCUCCUCUGGUGAGUAAAGUGAAGGAGCCUCAGGUGGAGACGAUGGUGGAAACGCUGUGUUCCAACAUGACGUCAGACAAAGAACAGCUGAGAGACAUCUCCAGCAUGGGACUGAAGACCGUGAUCGCUGAGCUGCCUCUGUCUUCAUCAGGUUUGAGCCUGACGGUCAGUGUGUGUAAGAAGAUCACCUCCCAUCUGAUUGGUGCCAUGGGGAAACAAGAAGACGUGUCGGUUCAGCUGGAGGCUCUGGACAUCCUGUCGGACAUGUUGGGAAGAAUGAGUGGUGCACUGGUCAGUUUUCACAGCUCUCUGCUCUCUAGUCUGCUGCCUCAGUUAACCAGCCCCAGGAUGGCGGUCAGGAAGCGCUCCAUCUUGGCUCUCGGCCACCUGGUGCCCUGCUGUAGCCCCGCCCUCUUCUCCCAGCUGACUGAACACCUGUUGACAGAGUUGGCCAAAGACCCGCCCACUUCGAUGACGAGGACGUACAUCCAGUGCCUAGCAACCAUCAGCCGUCAGGGUGGCCAUCGAGUCGGAGAACAUUUAGAGAAGCUGAUCCCGAUGGUGGUGAAGUUUACUGGUGUGGAAGACGACGAGCUGAGAGAGUAUUGUUUCCAAGCCUUUGACGCCUUCAUAUGCAGGUGUCCAAAGGAGAUGUCCCCCCAUAUUGCCACGGUAACACAGCUUUGUCUUAAGUUCAUGACUUUUGACCCGAACUACAACUAUGAUGAUGAAGAGGAGGAAGAAAACAGCAUGGACAUAGAGGAAGAGCUGGAGGAAG